CUGGGACUCAGCAAUACAAGUCCUGUAUGGGUGGGCGCGUGGUAUAUAGUGUUCAUCAUUGGCUUCAUUCUGUCAUUGAUUAUAUUUUUCCCAAUUUCUCUCUUCCCUAAAGAAUUGCCGGAGACAAAGAAAAUCCGAACCCAAAAGGUAUCGGAAGCGCAUUCAAUACACGCCAAUACCGAUGCUGUAGUUAACAAAAAUUUUGGUCACAGUAUUAAAGAUUUGCCCAAAUCUCUGAUGAUUUUAUUGCGAAACCCAACCUUUAUGUUUCUCAAUCUGACCGGUGCUUCAGAAGGAAUGGUUUUGUCAGCGUUGGCCUCAUUUUUACCAAAGAUAAUUGAACAACAAUUCAGUUUAGCGACGAGUACUGCGGCCCUAAUGGUUGGCAUUGUCUCGAUCCCGGGCGCCGGUGGCGGAACAUUUCUCGGC